GGCGCCGCCCGGAAGCGGAAGCGCGGCCGCGGUUCCCGCCGCGGUUGCCGAGCGGCGGCCGCUCCGUCCCGUCCCGCCCGCGGCCAUGAGCGCGGCCGGGCUCGUGUCCGCGCCGCCCGCAGCCCCGCCGGGGCCGCCCGCCCCCGCCAUGGCCCCCGCGCCCGACUACUACGAGGAGGAGGAGCUGGAGAGCGCCGAGGAGGAGGACGGCGAGCGGAGCGCCCGGGCCCGCGACUCGGACGAAGACACUGAGGAUGCCAGUGAAACAGACCUGGCAAAGCACGAGGAGGAGGACUUUGUAGAAAUGAAAGAACAGAUGUAUCAGGACAAACUGGCAUCUCUGAAGAAGCAGUUACAGCAAUUGCAGGAGGGCACUCUUCAGGAAUAUCAGAAAAGGAUGAAAAAGUUGGACCAGCAGUACAAAGAAAGGAUACGAAAUGCAGAACUGUUCCUGCAGCUGGAAACAGAUCAGGUGGAGAAAAAUUAUGUGAAGGAAAAGAAAGCAGCAGCAAAAGAGUUUGAAGAUAAGAAAAUUGAGCUUAAGGAAAAUCUGAUAGCAGAGUUGGAAGAGAAGAAGAAGAUGAUUGAGAAUGAAAAGCUAACCAUGGAACUAACAGGAGACUCAAUGGAAGUGAAGCCUAUUAUGACAAGGAAACUGAGACGGCGACCAAAUGAUCCAGUUCCUAUCCCAGACAAGAGGAGGAAACCUGCCCCUGCUCAGCUAAAUUAUUUGUUGACUGAUGAGCAAAUAAUGGAGGACCUAAGAACACUGAAUAAGCUUAAAUCACCCAAGAGACCAGCCUCCCCCUCCUCUCCUGAGCACCUCCCAGCUACACCAGCAGAGUCUCCAGCUCAGAGAUUUGAAGCUCGGAUAGAAGAUGGCAAACUCUACUAUGACAAGAGAUGGUACCACAAGAGCCAAGCUAUUUACCUGGAGUCUAAAGAGAACACAAAGAUCAGCUGUGUGAUCAGUUCUGUGGGUGCCAACGAGAUCUGGGUGAGGAAAACCAGUGACAGCACCAAGAUGAGGAUCUACCUGGGGCAGCUGCAGCGGGGCGUGUUCGUGAUCCGCCGGCGCUCGGCCACCUGACUCUGCUCGGCCCUGUCCUGGUUUUAUCAGAUCUCCAAACCUCUGCCAGGGGCUCACAGGCUGCUCACUCCUCCCAGCAGCAGGGAACAGUCCUGACCUCUGAAGAGACACUUUGUGGCUGGCCACAUAAUCCCCAGUAGUCCUUAAACCUUUAGUGAUGCCCAAGCACUGCCCUGGACUGUUUCUGGAUUUUGCAUCAAGCUUCUGUACGCUCUCUUUGUAUUUUGGGUGACUGUUUGAGACUACUUUGCAUCAUCCUCCUUCUCGUUGUUUCGUGGUGCACAGAUGGGACUUGUGUGUCAAAAACAUCAUCAUCAUGUUUCUGUUGGGAGUCAGGCCAGUGGAAGAAGCUUUGCUUGUCAAGACCUGAGGUUAUCCAUGCUUUCUGGCCUCGUUUUUCCUGCAAGGCUCAGGAUUUUGGGCAAAAGAUGAAUCCUGCCAGGUUUCAGCUGCAGCUAAGAGAUGCCUCCAGAAUAACUGGUGCACAACACCAGCUUUAUUGGAUGGACUGUUGAAAGACUGGAGACUUUUUUAGGAUGGUGUGAACAGCUCAGAAACUGCUGAAAAUACAGUGAUUUUAAUGUAGCUCAGAGUCACGCGUGGUUAGUCAGAAGCUUCCGUUUCUCUUCACAUUAAAAAACCCUUCAAUGAACAA